UUGCUAUAUAUCUGAGUUCAGUUACCUAUUAUUAUCAUGUUAUAACUUGUUGAUUGAAUACUUCCUGUAACUUCCUGUAAAUUCCUGUAACAAUUUAGGCAGCUAAAAAGUUCACCUUAUCUUUACCCUUAGGUUUUUUUGGUGCCUGUGUGUGUGUUCAAUUUUACAAUGUCCUUGACUAGCAACUGGCAAGGAGUCAUCUUGACCUGUCCCAGUGACUGAAAAGAGAAUGCGGUGACGUAGUAGCCUCAUGUCAUGAGCGGCAGGGCACAGCUGUUCGAGUGAUAACGAGGCGGUGUCACACAGGGAUAACUGUCUGCGUCGAAGUAACCAACAACGAUGGUAGCAAGACAAAGAUAAUUGACGAGGUAAAGGCGACAUGCUGUUGUUUAAAUGGGCAGAAUGUUAUUGCUAGUCGUACUGCUUGGGCCAUCGCUUAGGUUUUACAACAUCAACAACAUCAUUUACAACACAAGAUCAGUACGUUAGCUAGCUACCUAUACAGAAGCCAGUCGACAGGAGCUAGCUACAAUUUAGUUUGGGGAUAGCUACUGUAGCUUCGCAGCUAGCAAGCCAACGUUUCAGGCAAAGCGAAUCACGUUUGGGUGGACUGAGGAGUGAGGAUGAAACGAACAUGACCAGCACCGAUGGCCUCUCUAAAUGCGAGGCGACCCGGCGGGAGACGAGGAGACGGGCACCUGCCGAGAUGCUUCACCUUGUGUUCGCCGUCAUUGUGUGGCUCGUGACGGGUACUACCAUCUCCAGUCUUAACAAAUGGAUUUUUGCUGUGUAUAAUUUUAGGUAUCCGUUACUACUGUCUGCUCUCCACAUGCUGACAGCUAUAGUGGUGGACUAUGGUCUUAUAAAACUUCGAGUAAUCCGACACAAAGGGGCUGGUCAGCAGGACUUGACCACCAGCGCCAAAUGCAAGGUGUUCCUAUUGAGCUUGACGUUUUGUGCUAGCAUUGCUUUUGGUAAUGUGGGUCUGAACUAUGUCCAGCUGUCCUUUGCUCAAAUGAUCUACACCACCACGCCAAUCUUUACCCUUGCUAUUUCCACUCUAAUCUUGGGAAAGCAACACCAUAUUCUCAAGUACACGGCUAUGAUGCCCAUCUGUCUUGGAGCCUCCUUCAGUAUCAUGGGUGAGGUCCAGUUUGACCAGAUUGGCUGCUUCUUUGUAUUUGCCGCCACCAUGCUGAGAGGAGUCAAAACCAUCCAGCAAAGCAUCCUUCUCCAGGAAGAGAAGAUUAAUUCUGUGUUUCUUCUCUACUUGAUGUCCAUCCCCAGCUUCCUCAUCCUGGCUGUGGCCGCCCUGACCUUGGAGAACUGGGCAAUGCUGGAAUCUCCACUGCACUAUGACUGCCACCUGUGGCUCUUUAUCCUGCUCAGCUGCCUGGGCUCUGUCAUGUACAACCUCGCCAGCUGCUGUGUCAUCACACUGACCUCUGCCGUCACCCUGCACAUCUUGGGGAACCUGAGCGUGGUAGGGAACCUGCUGUUGUCACAACUUCUCUUCGGCAGCGAGCUGUCGGCACUCAGCUGUGCCGGUGUGGUGCUCACGCUCUCCGGCAUGCUCAUCUACCAGAACUCUGAGUUCAUCGCCAGCUACCUGGAUGCGCGGGGGACCAAAACCAAGAUGGCAGGUGAGACAACAGAGGCCAGCAAUACUGUGGACGGCGCAGUGGACCUAAACAGCGAAGGGUUGGCUGACCCUGUCCUGCAAGAUCUGACGGAGAAGAUAGAUGGAAAGAGGUUGGACAAGGUUGACUGAAAGAAGGGAGAGAGUGAUUCAGAGAAUGAGACUGAUGACACUAAUCCUGAAUAAAGGGAAUGUGUGUCAGGUCAGCCUGAACUGUGGAGAGGAUCAAGAUAUGGUCUGGGACAUGAGGGCAUUGUAUCUGGUGAUGUGACUGAACCAGUUUUUUGCCUCUUCUCUGUGCCAAGUUAGUUACCUCAGCCAGGGUCUCUUUAGAAUGACGGAGGGGUCUGAAUGAUGGAGAAAACAGAUGCCUUUAAUGAAUGUGACAGUUGAAAUCCCAUCCUUUACCAAUACAUGCACAUACAUAGAGUAUAAAGCCUCUACUGAAAUAUGCAUGAGCGAGCAUACAAACAUUUGAUACCUCUUGGACAGGAUAGGGAGCAUCCUCCUAAACUAUAGAUGGGCACAAAUGGAAAAAAGAAAAUUCAAGUUACUGUUACUUAACCCUCCCCUGGUCUAGUUAUCAGAGGAUAAGGGUAUUUCUGGCAGCUUUUUGUGGGGUGGACUGAGGUUAAUAGUUUUUUUAAAUGGGUAUGCUGUAUUUGUUUAUAUACACUAUAAGCUCUUGUCUAGAUGACAUGUACAAGGACAGGGAGAUAUGCGAGCUAAAUAUCCUAUUUUUUUGUUGGCAUGGAAGCCGUUGAUUUAGUUUUGUAUGAACACUGUGUCCUGUGUAAAGUAUUCCAUGACUAUUUCCUUUGAUCAGGAAAUAAUUCACAACUUAGGAUCUUUGAUUUAGUCUCUUGACUGAGCUUAGUUACUUCCUCGUCUAUGUAAAAUGGUGCACACUGCAGCAUACGUCUAUUAAUAUAGUCCUCUCUAAGGAGUCUCAUUCAUCUUUAGCAUGGCCUUUUCCCCAUGGAAAAAAUCAGAAAAUUGAUUUAGCCUUUUUCCUCAAUGCCUCUAGCUUACACAGUGGACCUGACUCACCCUGGCCCUGUCCCCCAUUCAAGAGACAAAGAUUUUUUGUCUGUUAAAUAUGUUUUUAUAAUAGACCUGCUGGACAGUGCUGUUGUAACUCCAUGUAUGUUCAGUGGUGAUGUUACAUUUUUUAGUUUUUAAAAGAUUGCAAAAGUUGUAGAUUUUAAUUUGGUCAAAAUAAUAUUUAUUCAAUAAUUUGUGAGGGGGAUAUUAAUUCAUUUUUUAUUUUUUGAUACAAAGAGGGCUGUAAUCGUCACCAUUAGGGAUGCUUAUAAUUAACCGUGUAACCGUUAACCGACAAUACGAAUGUUUACCGGUUAAUACUACUUGUUAAACAGUGUUAGCAAUCUAGAAACAAUGUCUUUUCACUUUCAGCAACUUUUCACUUUCCCUAGUGACAAAAAAAGUUAAAUCUAGGUACUUUGGCAAUCUCAGUUUUUGUUGAGCAGCAGCAGAAUAACUAAUUGUACUUCCAUGUUGUUAUAGCCAGUUUUUUUGUUUUGUCAAUCUGUUGUUGGUCUUUUGUUGUUUAUGCUGGUGCUAUAGUUUAGCUAUGCUACUAUUUAAUUAAUCUACCCUUUUAUUGUUUUUUUGUUGUUGUUUUUUAUGGGUCAAAGACCCAUAAAAAAACUAUUUUUCGUCUUGUCAGUUAAUGGUUAAUGGUCGUAACGGGCAUCGGUUAUCGGUCAAAUUUGUAUUUUUAAAUGAGCAUCCCUAGUGACCAACCAUAAUUCAUUCAUUUUACCAGCAUCAGUCAAAUUGAUGUCAGUAAAAGCCAAUUGAUCCCAACUGGAAGAAAGGGAAACAAUUUCCACAGUCACUGUUUGCAGGUCAGGUUAUACAACUGUCUGGCCCAGGUGUGGGAUUGCAUGCAAGACUUCCCAAAGGAACUUAUGUUAGAGGACGUCUUUAAUCUUCCCUGCUUACUCAAAGGGCCUAGACAGGUGCCAAGCAAUGUUCGAGGAGAGCAUCUGAUAAGGACCCAAUCUCUCACAUUAUAAUAGGUCUUGUUCUCUCUGUCGCUCACACACACAGCUUCAAUUGCUAAAGCUUCAAUGUCAGAAUCUGACUAACCAGGUUUAUUUGAGAUUCAUUUAAUUACUACAACCUGCCAUGUUUUCUAUAUUUUGUCACAAGCACAGCAGUAAGCACAGUAGGAUGUGCUGCCAAACUGGACCAGAUGAGUGGAAUGGUAAUAAAAUCAUUUGUUGCCAGUACCAAAACCUUUUCUACAAUAUACACUCAAGAAUUCUAGAGUGUGUUGGAGUUAUUAGUUGAAUACCUCUGAUGACAACAAGGCCUUCAAAGCCCAAUUGUAAAAAAAAAAAAAGCUAAAAAGGAUUAAUAAACUGCUAAAGAUCAAGCAGCUUUUUGUUCCGUCUACCCACAAGCAAGGUGUCCACCGGUCCUCCGAUCAAGAGUUGAAUUCUAGUGAAUGAUCUCAAAAGCUUAAUUUAAAUUGAUCAUAGAUUGUUCUAACAAUGCUUUUCAUUUAGAGGGACCAGUUCCGCAUUAAGUUUUGGUUGGUUUGACUGAGUGACAGUUGUUGGGCACAUACUUGAGGGUGGUGGAACGAAGCUCUUCUUGCACUGAGUUACAUAAAUGCUGACUUUCAGUCAUACUGGCCCCUCUAUAUACAGUUUUUGUUGUCUGCAAAGUUAGGUGUAAAUUAUUAUAUUUGUCUUUUACAACCAUGGAAGGUUUGCUUAAAUAUAUUGGUUCAAGAA